CGCGUGAGCGCGUCGAUAUUCACCGCCACUCCGACAUUUACCCCAUGUCAGAGCACCAACGCCGACCGAUACCGCCUCACCCACCAAGAUGGCAGCCGAAUCCGGAUCCCGCGUCCAUCGAAGUUCCCGGGCUGGAUACAACAGCCUCAGUGAACGACCAGAUUGACCAGAUAGAGCAACUCAUCACUAUCAAACUGCAGACGAUUGACGAAAACUUCUCCAAGAUCCACAAUGUGCUUGCGAAUAAGAUUUUGCCUGCUGUGAAGCGUUACGCGGUGGCGACGGAACCGGUGAGGGAGGCGGCGCAGUUCUGGACGUCUUUCUAUGAGCAAGCAGCGCAGAUUCGCAUACCCACUGCCGACGACUAUUCAACCGUCAACGAACAGACCUCUGAGCACGAAUCUGGUUCUCAAACAGACUCUCAUGCGACAGCGGACUCUCAGGCAGAGGCCAGCAAUGCUACAGCACGUCCUUUCGAGACUAGCAUCGCAUCAACUGAAAGCUCAUUCCAUCCCGGCCAAGCAGCGUUCUCAUCGACGCCUGCCAGACCAUCGACGACAUUCAAUACCCUUUCCAGCCAGGAAUCAGAAGCAUCUUGGUCUGCUUCAGUUGAAUCUCCUCUGGUUCGUCUGGACAGAGAAUUUCAAAAGUUCUCGAGAGACGAACCAUCUGUCCUCCCACCAGAGCGGUCGCGCGACCGACCACCACCUUCGAACAAAGGAAAGUCCAGGGAAGAACCCCAGCCACUUCUCCGAAAUGUUCUUCGACAGAAUAUGUAUUCUAUCAGUGAAGAUUCUACCAUUACCCGUUCACCAGCACUUUCACCGAUAAAAUCCAGAAGGAAGAUAAAAACUCCCAUUCCUAAAACCCUCAAUCCAUACCUUCCUUCCAACACUGAGCCCUCACAGUGGAAUGGCGUUGUCGAUCUGCGGGAUCCUUCUACAACAACGCCCCAGCGUGGAAAGCGAUUCGGAUACACUCAGAGGCGCGCCGGGCCUAGUACUCCCGCUGACGAUUCUGACGAUGAUUCCUUUGACGGCCUCCCACCAGGCAUGUCACCACCGGUCCUUAUGUCCCCUGCCCGUCUACCCAAAUCAACCCGAAAGACGAUACUUACUCGAGCACCAACCGGAGAAGCUGCCGCCAGGAUUACAAAAGACUUAGUCCAGGACAUCCAGUCACAUCGUCGCGGAGACAGUCGGCAUAUGUUCCACGGGUACAGCACAGAGUCAAGCACCGUCCCCACUCCUCCGUCACUGUCACGGUACAAAGGAGGGACAGAUACCAGCAGUAGCAUCGUCGGAGAAUCCAGUCUGGAGAGCAUGAUGCACAGGGCAGAUCUAGGGAUGGCCAACAUCGCUACCACGCCAGGUUUGCGACUGCGACCGAAAACUCGUACGCCUGCGAUCCCUAAACCCUCUCCACCGCCGCUGUCUCCCCAGCAUGCUGACGACCGUGGUUUCACUACCGACACUUACGGCGACGCUGUUGUGGGACAAUUCGUCACGUCUGGAAACGCUGACGAGGGAGACGAUGAUUCCUUCGCUGACUCGUUUGCUGACGACGAAGUGAACAACACCGCUCAUCCAUCUUCCGCGUUCAAACUUCUCAUGCAAGGGAGUGGUGCGAUGGAUGAUUCGUUUGCUUCAACGGAAUCUUCAAUUGAUUCGUUAGACCGUGAGGAUAUCGAAGUUGAAGGCGGUCCCAUCCAUCCGUUUGCCGGUAUCAAUCUGAACCGGGCGUUUGAGGAUUCGUUCGAUGAUUCAUUCAACGAUGACGAUGGAGAGCCAGAAGAGGAGACACUAUUUGGUGUGCCCCCUGCUCAACGGAUGCGGCAGAUAAUAGAUGCGGAUAAUAAUGACUUGGUGUUGCAUGGAAAUCAGUUAUUUGUAGAUGGCGAUACAGGUGGGUUAACGGAACAGCUGGGGCAAGUAGAAGCGAGUCCGACACCGUGGUCGAGGAGGUAGAUGUGUAAGAUUUAGCUUAAGAUAUCAUAGUUUGCUGCUACUGUUUUGACUACGUGGUACAUGCU